AUGUCUCGCAAAGGCAGAUCAAAGGUCAAGUCUGGCUGUAAGACGUGCAAAUUGAGAAAAGUCAAGUGUGACGAGGGUCGUCCUGCGUGCCAAAGAUGUCUAUCUACAGGGCGUGUCUGUGACGGAUAUGGCAUCUGGGGUGGAGGAUCUCACGUCCUGCAAGCCCAAGCCCAAGUUCAAGCCCAAGCCAAGACAUUUUCGGCUCCAGUUCCAGGUCCUGUCACAUUCAUCGUCUCACUAAACGCAAACGAAAAGCUCUACUUUGACUGGUUCAAGUGCCGCACCUCAGCAAAGAUCUCAGCGACCUUCUCCUCCGGCUUCUGGACCACCCUCGUCUUCCAGGCCUGCUCCAGCGAACCAGCCGUCCUACACGCCCUGCUGGCCCUCAGCUCCGCCCACAAGAAGGGCGUCGUUGAGCUGGGCAUACAUAGCAACUCCCCCAGCGCCGAGAUGAGUCCCCAGGAGCAGUUCACCCUGCAGCAGUACGUCAAGGCCAUAGGUCACCUACAGCCGCACUUCUCCGCCAAGGACAGAGCCUCGUGCCGUGUGGCGCUCAUCACUUGUAUUGUCUUUGUAUGUCUGGAGUUCUUCCGCGGUCACUUUGCUACGGCGCAGCUGCACCUCAAGAAUGGGCUGGACAUUCUUGGUCAGAUGCAGGGCCUUCCUGAUGCAUCGUCGGGGAUCCUGGCUUUGAAGCCCUGUCAUGAAGCGACUGAUGCUUGGAUAGUGGAGGCCAUGUCCAGACUGCACAUACAGGUUGAGCUCUUUCGGUACCUUCACCACCACUCAUGUGUUAUUCUGCAGCCAGCCCCAUACCAUCAGAAGAGUCAGCCCGACCAUUUUGAGAAUCUCAAUGAGGCAUGGAAGGGGCUGGAAGUUAUCUACAACCAGAUAUUCCACAUCACUCACAGAGCCCGUCAGCGAACAAUAGGUGCAACUGAGCAAGCAUCCCAGCAACUCGUCAAGGAAAGGCUCAGUAGCUGGCAUACCACCUUUCAGCAGUCCAUAGAAGCAUGGCCCGGCGGUACCAAUGUAUUCAUGAGAAAGGCAUCCCAAGUUCUGCUCAUCCACUACGCCAUGACAAACAUCAUGGCUGAAACCUGCAUACACAACAACGAGACAAUCUACGACUCAUGCACAGAAAAGUUCAUCAAGCUUAUCAAAGAGGCAACAGGACUAUGGGACAUAUCCACACAAGACUACAAUCUUGAGGACGAAAUGCCGCUCUAUGUCAUGUCGACCUGCAUGCCUCGCUCCAUCAUCGACAUGGGCUGGAUAGCACCACUCUACUUCACAGCCGUAAAAUGCCGCGUCCACCGCAUCCGAGUCGAAGCUAUUAAACUAUUGAGAACCAGUCCCCACAGAGAGGGUAUCUGGGACGCGCACAUAGCCGCAUGCGUGGCCAAGAAAGUCGUUGAAUUGGAAGAGGGCGAUUUCUACCAAGGCUUUGACCUGGCGGAUGACUUCUCCCUCAACACCCCAAUGCGGGAUCAAGAUUACCAACUACCGCUAUUACCAGAGCCGUAUAGAAUCAGUGAGAUCGAGGCAAGCCUCUCGGGCGCUCCAAUGGAUAAGAUAUUGCUGUACUGUAAGAAGGAACAGCAGGGCGUUAAUAGAAGGGCUCUUAUGUCGGAGUAUCCCGUGAGUGAGCAGGACUGGGUUGAUACAUGA